AUGACCUCCAUUUGGCACGGCGAUGUAGCUAUUGGUGAUGGGAAGAGUAUCGAAGUCGAGACGAGUCGAAUACCAUUGAUUCUGGCAAUUGGAUCUCCACUUGAAGUCGUUACUUCCAACGACGACAGCGAGAAAUGGCUCUCGAGCAUUUUACUGAACGAGCAGGCUGAUCGUUCUGGUGCCUCAGCUCCAUGGUGGCAAAGUGCUUGCGCCGAGUCGCCGCUAUCGAUCCUUCUAGCAAUCGAUUCUGCUUCUGCGGCCCAAGCUAGAGCGACAGAAUUGCUACUCUACGCAUCGCGAGACUCAGAAUCUGCAUUACAGAGCACGUCCACACACCCAACCAGCCCAGCGCUACGAGUGUAUGCGCAACCACUAUGCUCUGACUUGUUGCAACAUGGUUCCGCUGCAGAGCCCACUCCGCCUGCCUCGCCCCAGCCAAAUGACCAAGAAAUUCGAGCAGUCUUCCUUCCACUCGUGAGGAACUUUGCUACUCAUGAAGGAGAGGUUAUCAAUCUACCACCCGUGCGGAAGAGAAAGACCGUGAACGAGACUUUUGACGAAGCAGCUGAACGACGCAGCAAAGCCAGGAGACGGGGUGGCGAAGGGGUAGCAGCCGCGGCUGCUUCUCGUAACCCAGCUGAUGUAGCACUUCGACAUCGACGAUCGACGAGCAAUUCUCAAAGCCUACCGCUUCAGACCAGACCAUUGUCGCGCGCGUCGAGCGUAGGGUCGUCUCGGGUGGCAGACCUGCGAGAGCCAUCAGUUCCCGCAAUCUCAAAGCGGUCAGCCCUCGGCCGUGUCCAAAGUGUUGAUUCAGCUGGUGGUUGCACGAUUACUGAGGAAGAGCCGACGAUCGAGCAAAAGAACAAAGAAUUCGUUUCCAAGAUCGUCAUGGCCGGUAUGCGUCUCUACGGGCUCGUGCAAAGCAGAACUCGCAAGUCUCGAGCCAAUUCAGCCGCCGCGUCACCAGCUAUCGACACCAAUUUCGAGGAUCUGGAUGCAGAGCGCCAGAAAGAUGAAGAGUACAAACUCGUUUAUCAUCAAGUGUACAAAGGCACUUGCUUUGCUCUCCGCCAACACAUCGCGACCAAGUCUUUGGCUGCACACACUGAAGCCUUGCGAGAGACCGUCGACAAAUUCCUCGGAAUAUUCUGUCGUGAUCCUUUGCUCAUCGAAGGCGACGGUGGCGGCGAUGAAUUCACACCUGGUGGUCGCAAAGCAUUUGGUUCCUCAUCAGUUGUCGCAGUUUCAUCCGCGCACAAGAACCCACUCUUGACCACAGGUAGCCAAAGCAACACGCCUUGUGCGGUCAGCAGCAAGAAGAUUCGGUGA